UCAUCAGGAGAGUAUAAAAGCACCGGGAAGUGUGUGCAGGGCUACGGUGCGCAAACAUCCACAGCCCUGCAACCAUGGGAAAGAUCAUCUUCUACGAAGGCCGCAACUUCCAGGGCCGUCACUGGGAGUGCAGCAGCGACUGCAUGGACACCUUCAGGCACUUCAACUGCUGUAACUCCAUCCGCGUCAGUGGGGGUCACUGGGUGACCUAUGAGAGGCCUCACUACAUGGGUUACCAGUACGUCCUUGGCCCUGGUGACUACCCUGACUACCACAGCUGGAUGGGCUUCAACAACUGCAUCCGCUCCUGCCAGAUGUUCUCACCUUACAGAGGAUCCUACAGGAUGAGGAUCUACAACAGGCCUGGCAUGAUGGGACACUCCAUGGAGUUCAUGGACGACUGCCCCAACCUGUACGAGCGAUUCAACUACCGUGACAUUUACUCCUGCAACAUCAUGGAGGGUUUCUGGAUCUUCUACGAGCAUCCCAACUACAGAGGACGCCAGUAUUUCCUGCGCCCAGGAGAGUACAGGUCCUGCGGUGAAUGGGGCUGUCACAACCCCAUGAUGGGCUCAUUCAGGAGGAUGAGGUCUGUCAUGUAAAUUCUGCCCAUGCACGACUCAUUUGAACAUUAAAGAUGUGGUUUUCAAACAA